AUGAGAGUUCAUCAAAUAAUAACUGGUUCUUGCAAUGGUGACUACUCACACAUUUCUCAAGCGAAAGUACGGGGUUCUAAUUAUAUUGUGUAUGCCAGUGGAUGUGAUAUAGUUAUUUUGAAUGAAUCUUUUUGCCGUAGUCAGGUAAUUUCAGGGGGUGAAUUGGGAAGUUCUGUAGUCACGGCUGUCAGUUUCAAUCAUUGGGAUGGAAAGAUUGCUGUCGCUAAUGCUAAGGGAAUAUAUGUCUACGUCCCACAGGCAACAACAGAAGGUCUGCUAACCAAUUCAUCGAAACUACUCUGGAGGUUUUCAAGCCACAUACCAUUACCUUCUAAAUCUGAGGUGGUUUGUCUUUGUUGGUCGCAUAGACCAUGUUUUGAAUUUCCAAAUUUUGGCCUACUGGCUGGUCUUGAAGAUGGACAACUAUGCAUGUGGAGAUCUGAUACAGUCAGCAAUGUUGUUCAUUCCACUCCUCGUUUUCACAUUGGAACUGAUUUGAUAGAUUUACAGUGUGAAACAGACUCAGGUGGCUUGGUAAAUUCAACACUGGAUACACAGUCAGAAUGGAGAGUUGUAUGGCGUCAUCAAACGAAAGGUACUCCGCUACAAAUUGAUUUCAGUACUGAUGGUUUAUAUUUUGCCAGUAUAAUUAAAUGCAAUGAACCAAAUAAUAAUCAUGGGAUUAAAUUCAGUAAUAUCAUGCAUGUAUGGUUUCAUGAUCCUUGUUUUGCAAUCAAUCCUUUGAAAAGUCAUAAUGAAGGAGAGUUUCAAAUGACAGAAAAUUGGGAACCGAUUCACCUACCGCAUCCUUGUGAUGUUUAUUCAUUUAGUUGGCGUCGUACAAGUCGAUAUCUUCCGAGUGGUUGGAUCCCGAAUGUAUUACUCACCGCUGGUGAAGAUAACCUAUGUCGUGUAUGGGUGGAAGUUACUCAUCCUCCACCGAGCUAUUCUUCAUUAUCAAAUACUCCACACUUGUUUGGAUCGACUCAGAUGAGAAAUGACUCAGAUAUUCCAAUUUCUUCCAAAGUCAAAUUACGAAUACCUCAAGGUGGUGUUAUAGAUACAGAAGUGAAGUACAAAACAACCAGUGAAUCAAGUAAAGAGAUGAAUGGAUCUCAUGGAUUACCAUCUUCAUUGUCCUCAUGUGAAAAUUAUAUCACUGUAGAAUUACCUGACUGCUUCUUGAAACAUCCUCUUUUAAAGCAUUUUCUAGAUCUAUGGUUAACUGAUCCAUUGUCAAAAAUUCAAGUAGAUUAUCAAGGAACAACAGCUAAUAAUAAUGACGCUGGUGGAAAGUUGAAUUUUCCUGCCAAUCCAUCUUUUCCGCAAUUUACAUUUACCACCUCUUUACCGCUGGAUAAUUUUCCUGAAAUUAGUUCACUUCAUAGUACUACUACUACUACUACUACGACGACGACGACUUCUUCAAAUAGAUCACAAAUUGGUCGAUUUACUACUCAUUGGUUCAAUAAUAAAGAAUAUCGUUUCAAUACGCAAUUAGAAUUAUUUAUGAUGGAUGCAAUAUCUCGGAUUCUAGCAAUACCUGUGCAUAUUUCAUGUGAUAACACGGCUUCUUCUUCUUCCUCAACGUCAUUGUCAUCCCUAUCAGUGAAUAACAAUAUUCUCUCUCCUGAAUUAUCAGAUCAAAUAGCAUUAAUGGAUCAAACAGUCUUUAAGCUGUUAGGUGAACUGCAACAUGCACCAGAUGUUGUAUUUGCUAUACAUCCGAUUGAUGGAAGUUUAAUUGUUUGGUACAUACACGGUUUGGACAUGUCUGUUCCCAAUUCAAAAGGCAUUCGUACUCAAAAGGUGUCUAUCCCUCGGGAAACAACUGGUCGUGAUGAUACAAAAUUCAACUGUGAAUCAGCCUUCACCCUGAUCCCAAAUAUGAGCGGUCGAUUGACACAAGUCACCUGUAGUGUACGAUCACGUUUACAUCAGGCAAUACCAUUGGAUGCAGCCUGUUCUAUUUCACACAGACUAUUCACCUAUUUAACAACGGAUCAUUUACGGAGUAAAAUGAAUCAAAGCCUACACACUACUGCUACUACUACUACUAACAAAAACAAUUUCAGUAGUAUUCAUGUGAAUAAGAAGAAGGAGAGUAGAAACCCUUUGAUGACAAUUAAUUAUCAAGAUAAUUUGGAUAUCUUUUGUCAUCUGUUUCUUUUAAAGUAUGCUGUGAAUCAAGUUUUUGCACAAUUUUCAAAAUUCUUAUUGAAAUCUACUACUAAUAAUACUACUGCGACUAAAAUAUUAGAUCAAUUUAAACAAAAACAAUUGAAACCGAUAUUGUCAUCAUUGGCUGAAAUUCAAUUGAAUUCAACAAUGUUUGAAUCACGUGUUCAGCAUUCUUCACAUGUAGCUAUGAUUACAAUGCACACGAAUGGAUCAUUACGAUAUUGGCGUAUCGAUGUUUCAGAGCAUAGUCACUAUCAAUGGAUUGUCAGUAUAUCAGGUUGUUCCCGAUUAAGUGGACAUCGUUUCCACACUGGUACUAUUGUCCCACAUCCUCUGCUACCGCUUGCACUAAGCACAUCCCAUUAUGCGUCUACAAGAACAAGAAAUGCUGCUUGUAAAAGUAUUAAUUUCAGUGAAAUCAUUUUAUGGCAUAUCUCAUCGGUUGGUCCUUUAACUACCGGGUAUACAUCUUCCCUACUGUCUACAAAUUGUCAAUCACACUGCCUACAACACUCCCGGCCAAAUCGUUCGCUACACACUGGUACGAAUACAGAUGAGUUGACUUCAGACCUGAUCAAGUCGACUCCACUCACCAACACUGACAUUAGUGGAUGUGGUAAUAUUUCAUCCCAUGGGGGGAUAUCUGAAAUAGCAAGAUUAAAUUUCUCAAAUAUCUCGAAUAAUCCAUGUUUAGCAUUCAGGCAUAUUGCAUGGUUUCCGUGUAUGGUGACAACAUCAGCGACAUCGUAUCCUGUCGCCUUAUUCGUUGCAUCAUUGGAUAUCAAUACUACUUCGACUACUAUGGGAAGAAAUAUCAGUAGCACCAAUACUGGCGGCGAUGAUCAACUUGGCUUAUUUUUAACCUUUUCAAAAUUUAAACAAAUUAAUAAUAAUAAUAAUAAUAGUAAUAUUGGACCAAUGAAUGGGAAUUCUGAUGAACAUCGUCGACUGUUGUAUAGUUCGAGGAAUUCAGAUACACUGGGAUGUAUUAUCCAAUUGGAUUAUGAAUUACCCUAUUCAUCAAGUCAAAUGAAAGAUGAUCAAUCUUAUACUGCAGAAACCUUACUGUUACAUGUUUUCCCAAGUCAAUUAAUUAUGAUGAAUAUGGACAAUUGUAAGCCAAGAACAAAUCCAUUAUCUGUUGUCUUACAUACUACUGAUAAUCCAAUGGAGAGUAGUGAGGCAGAUUCUGACUGCCUAGAGUCAAAUUCUUCACUAUCCACCUUUUUAAUUGUACGUAUGACACGAUAUACAAUGAAUGGUAAUGAUAAUAAGAUAAAUUCUACAAUUGGGACUACUGAAUCUAAAGAGAUUGAAUUUUGUCGUAUGGAAAUGUGGCGUGUACGUGUUUCAACGAAUACGCGAUCGUGUAGUCUAACAACACCAACGGCAGCAACAAUUGGGAGUCUGCUGAAAGUUGCUGAUAUUGAUAAUUUAACGACAUAUAAUAAUUUAAUCACUGAGGCUACAAAGGUAUGUGACUGUAAGCUGAAUCUCCCGUCGGGUGUCUCAAUAAUCUGUGCUCAAGUAUCAGCAGCUCAUGUCAGUUGGGCAGCACUAUCGACAUUCAAUGCUCCACCACCGUAUUUAAUUGUUUCAGCUUGUUCUGAUGGUUGUCUACGAUUUUGGAAAUGUGAAUCAAAUGCAACAGAUUACUCAAUAUCUGAUAAAGUUAAAAGCAAAUUUAUCAAUCUAUUCACUUGGGAUGAAUGGCAAAUGCCAUUGAUGCAAUCAAUGUCCAGUUGUAUUGAAUUACAGCUACAAGACAACAGUACUACUACUACUAAGAAUAAUAAUAACGCUAGUCUGGAAAUGACUGCUGCAUCUACUAUUAUUAUAUUGGAUAUGGAUUGUGCAUAUAGUGGACGUUUGGCUGUAGCGUAUACUACUCAACAAUUAUAUGACGGUGAUAGAAGUAUAACGACUACUGCUACUACUACCAGUAAUAAUAGCAGAAGUAGUAGGACGAUCUAUGUGACUGUAUAUGAAUGUGAAUCGAGUGGCGGUUGCGAAUGGAUACUGGAAGAUACUAUUGAGUUUACAUCUUCAUUUCCACUUCAGGAGAAUAACAACAACAGCAAUACUCUUGAUGAGUUAUCGAUUCAGUUGGAUUGGGUGAAUGCAGAAGACGGUGGACACUUACUGUCUGUAAUUAUUGACUGCGAAAUCUUUGUAUUUGCACCUGUCUGUCAAAAUAUUAAUUUUACACAUACUACCACUGCUAGUACUACUACUACAUCUAAUAAUAAUAAUAAUAAAAAUAACAGUAAACUCAGAGGAGGACAUCUGUAUCAACCUACACUGAUGACAACACUCGGUGAAGUCUACAUCGGUUGGAAACCGAUAGCAUGUUCACGUAUUAUGACAGCUGAUUAUCCUGGAACAGCGUCGUCGCCAUCAUCUCCAUCGUCAUCAAAUGAUCCUGAACAACAACCGUUGAAAUCUUAUUCAUUAGAUGAUGUAACAACGAAGAAGCCUAUUCCUCAGCGCCAUCAUCGCCACAGUGGAGGACAUAAACAAGCAGCUUGGCUAAGAGAUGGUUUAUUAUUGGUUGGUGCCAGAACUGAAAUGCAAUUGUUCAGCCAAUGGCCAUCUGAUAGCUACUUCAGUGUAUUCAAAUGGCAAGUGAAGGUGAAAUCCGAUAAUUCACACGCCAGUACCGUUACAUCAUCACCGUCCAGUAGAACUGAAUCGUUUGAUGCCAACACAUCAACUGAUAUUACAGAUGCAACAGUCUCUGGGAGUGCUAGUAUGUCAGUAGCACGUUUAACUAAGAAGAUGUCAACAACAAUUGAACCUAAUGAAUAUCAUCGUCAGCUGUCCAGGGAAAUGAGUCAGAUUGAUUUAAGCUCUGCAACAUCAGGUGGAAUUGAUGUUAAAUCGAAUGAACAAAUAUUGAAAGAUAUUGAACUAUUAUCAAAUCUUGGAUUAUUUGAAGCUAUACAGGUUGUUAAUCCAGUUCUUCCACAAUUCCAUCCACGUCAAUUAUUAGAAUGGAUGAAUUUAGGACAUUUACGUCGGAUCAAGGCAAUAUUAGCUCAUUUAACGAGAUGUUUGUCUGCUUUUGGUUCACCAUCAUCGAAUAGACAACAUCAUGGUACGCCGACAAGUAGUCGUAGAAUGACAAAGGGUAAUUUGAACUCAGAGUUAACCAAUCUUGCCAUUGGUUCAUUCGAUACAUCCAUCAGUGCAGGGAGAACAUCUGGCAAACCGGGAACAUUACAGUCCAAGGUGGCUACAUCUUCUUCAAGCAAUCUAUUAGAAGCUCAAGCGAUUCCCCCACUCCCGUUAUAUGUUCUAUUGGCUGUUGAUUCUCUACAAGUAACAGAUGUUAGUGCUGAUGUUGAAACUAGUAAACAGUUUGGUAGGUUUUUUGUUUAA